AUGCCAGUUACCCAGCACAUUCCAAAACCGGGCUCCCAGCCCCAUAGCGAGCCAAAGAAACCCCAGCGCCACAUCAUUCGCCUAAAGCCCGUGGAUUACAAAUAUGAAAGACCAAGGUUUCCUUUGGACACCAUCAGCCUGCGCCACAGCCGCUGUGAAGACCACCACACAUCACCUGCUUUUCGCCGAAGCCGGUCCCGAACUUCGUCCUUGGGCUACAAACAUGUGGACAAGUAUGCCGAGUUUUUUAUUAACGACCAAGCCGUUCCUAGAGACGUACCCAAGCUCCAAAACCAGUAUCUUCGCCCGAACGCCAAGUUUGUGGGUGAGCAACAGAGCGGGACGUGCAAGUAUGACAUCAAGGUCGAGCUUAAAAGCGUCGAUUUGGUCAGUUCCAUCGUGACGGGGUUCUUUCAGAUAUCUGGGCUUACCGAUGAACAUCCUCUCAUCACCACAUGCUUCAAGGGCGAGAUCAUCAACAACCCUCUUAACAGCACAAAGUGGCAAAAUCACCCUAAGGACCAUCAGUUAAAGCGCUACGCAUUUAUCACGGAAGACAGAAACUGGGGAUCGUUUCCUCAAAACGAUAUUGAUCACUGGAGAACCCUCACGCGUGCCUCUAGCAGCAUGUCCGAAGAAGAUCUUCUAUUAAAGUUGCGCAGCAUCCACGCAGGUGAUCUGGAAAAUCAAUACAUCUACAUGCGUUGGAAAGAGGAGUUUUUGUUGCCCGAUCUGAGAAUCAAGCAGUUGAAGAAUGCUUCUUUUGAAGGUUUCUACUAUGUUGUUCUCAACAUCGGUGGGCGCAACGACUCCGGCUCUGGCGAUUGCUUCUCAUCGCGCAUAAUCCCUGGCACCAUCAGCGGCUUAUACUAUCAUACUCAAAAUGAUAAGUUCCAGCUGCUUUCAUUACGCUACGUAGAAGACAGGCAGUUUUCAUACGACUUUGAUUUCGCUUAG